GUAGUAUGUCUCAUUGAGAAUGAGCGCGGAAGUCAGUCUGCCUCAUCCGGGGCGAAUGACUGUAACAUGAUGGCGGUGGAGGGUGGAGCAGGGAUCGGAAUGCGAUCGCCCCAGGGCAGAUCGACCGGGCCUCAGCCUGGAAAUGGGGACGCCUGCAACAUCAGCGUGUCAAUGGGCCCCAGUGAACCUGUCUGAUGGAUCGGGGGAACUAUGGAUCGGGGUUGGUAAGAUAAUGGAACAUGACCGGACCCUGUGGAAAGGUUUCUUUGAGGAUGGUUGGGGAAAGGCGCAGGGGCAGCGGAUGGUGCGGGUGGUGGUGGUGGUAGUGGUGGUAGUGGUGGCAGUCAUGACAGUGUACGGGUCAGUGGCAGUUGCCAAAUCGGCGUGUCCGCUCAGGUUUUCCAUUUCUUUUCUUUUUUAUUUUUCUCUUUUCUGUUCUUUCAUUCGGUAUGUUUCUUUGUUUCCGAAGGGGGUGACCUUGCUCCAGCUGUCAUGGGAGGUCUCGGGAAGAUCUGUCACUAGCCAUGAGCUCCCCCAGUAAAAGUACCCUUACCCUGACUUACACGGGCAGUGCUGGGA